AUGGAAAUAACUGGUGCUGUGGAUAAUACAAAGGGAUCUAGUUCAGAAAAGUCCAGUCCCAAAAACAAGCUGAAGACAGAAGAGGCUGAACUUCCUCACACCAAGCCUGCAAGUUUUUCACAGUUUUUAGGCAAACUGCUCGUGGUGCCCAUGGAUGGGAGUCAUUGGAUAGGUCUUAAAGCCAUUGCCCAGGAAAUGGGUCGCCGUGGACACAGAGUUACGGUGGUGAUGCCAGAGACCACCAUACGAAUGGGCCCAGGAAAACACUAUGACACUUUGACCUAUCCUGUACCUUAUGACAAGGCUUACAUCGACUCUGUGAUGUCCACACACAAAGACAUCAUGAAAAAAUCCUCACAGCCUUUCAUGGAGAAGAUCAAGAAACGGUUCAGACAGUUCCAGGCCAUUUCUUAUAUUCCGCACAUCACUGCAGAGAAGCUGCUCUUCAAUGCCAGUCUCAUAUCACACUUGUCCCAGCAGGACUUUGAUGCCGUCUUGACAGAUCCCAUGCUUCCCACGGGCUCAUUAGUAGCUCGGAAAUUAGGUCUCCCUACUGUCAAUCUGCUGAGAGGAAUACCGUGUAACUUGGACAUGAAGUCUGCUGGCUGCCCAUCUCCGCCCUCAUACGUUCCUCGCUUUUUCACUGGAUACACGGAUAAAAUGAGUUUCAAAGAGAGAUUUAUCAACACUUUGGUGGCAUUGGUGGAGCCGCUGUUUUGCAAACUGCUGUAUUGGCACUUUGACCAAAUAGCCCGUGAUUUCCUCGGAGAGAACGUGGGCGUGGCUGAAGUGCUUUCAGACUCUGAUAUCUGGCUGCUCAGGAACGACUUCACGCUGGAUUUCCCACGCCCACUCAUGCCCAAUAUUGUACUGGUUGGUGGAAUCAAUUGCAAUGUGAAACAUCCUCUGCCCCCAGAUCUAGAUUCCUGGGUGUCUGGAGAGCACGGGUUUGUAGUGUUCACUCUGGGCUCCAUGGUGUCAGAUCUGCCAGAGGAAAUCACCUCUGUCUUUCUGGAGGCCUUCAGACAGAUUCCACAGAAGGUCAUAUGGAGAUACACUGGAAAGGUUACUGACAAUGUCCCGGAAAAUGUGAAGAUGAUGAAAUGGGUCCCACAGAAUGACCUGCUAGCUCACCCGGGAGCCCGUGCAUUCAUCACUCACGCUGGCUCACAUGGUCUGUUUGAGGGACUGUGUCACGCCGUUCCAAUGCUGAUGGUGCCCCUGAACGGGGACCAGCCGGACAACGCUGCGAGGAUGGCCAGCAGAGGUGUAGGAAUCGUGUUGAACAUUUUAGACAUUAAUACAGAAACUCUUCUGAAGGGGCUGAAGGAGGUCAUCAGUGACAGCAGGUACAAAGAGAACGUGAAGAAGCUGUCAGAUCUUCAUAAUGAUCGGCCGUCGGACCCGCUUGAGCUUUCAGUGUAUUGGACAGAAUUUGUGAUGCGGCAUAAAGGGGCGAAGCAUCUCAAAUCGACUCUCCAUGAACUCUACUGGUUCCAGUACUUCAGCCUGGAUGUAAUAGUGCUGCUAACUACUGUGGUGCUUGUUUUUGUAAUGCUGACAGCAAAAUGCAUGAAGCUAUGCUUCCGUAAAGUGAGACGAAAGUGGAAGCAGGAGUAAGGACAGUUUUUUUACUGGAAGUACUGUGAUGUUGUAAUUGUAUUCUCAUCACGGUUUAAAGGAUGUUUUGAUAAAACAUCAGUAUCAAUAAAACCUUAAUGC